AUGUCCUGUUGGGCACCCUUGAGAGCUUUGUUCCUGGGUUUGUUCUUAACCAUCACUGAAGGUAGCCAUUAUGAAGGUUACUCACUGGGCCAACCAUGUUUCCCUGGCCAUCCUUGCGCGUUAGCAUUUAUCUCCGACAAUCCUGUGAUCUUACGUUGUCCACACUCUUCCUACAGAGGGUACAUCACUUGGCAAUACCUUGACCCGUCUUGGACUAAUGAGCAACCACUCACCUUCCUAUACUCAGGAGGAACUUCUUGGCCCUUGCUCAGCCAUGCCAAGUUGCGGAGACUGCGUUUCAAAUCCCGACUGAUCGCCAGCAACCUGUAUAUUCCAAGUCCCAGUGCAGAAGAUUCUGGGUUGUACACCUGCCGUGCAGGAGAUGCCACCAUUGGCUAUUAUGAUGUUGAUUUUCAAGACGCUGGGCACCUCCAUGUCUCCCAUGCGGGCCUGGGGGAGACCACCUUGAGCAAUGCUACAGUGGAGCUAGAAAAUGGAGCACAGGCCACCCUGUUCACCUCCUGGAGUCCUUGGCAGUCUUGUGAUCGCUGUGGCCAUUCUGGGGAACGGAAGCAAGUGGGGUUUUGUUAUGCCCAGCUGGCUAUGAUGGACCACGAGGAGGAUAUGCCAUUGCCUUGUGGGAUGAUUAGGCGGAAGAACUUGAUGUUGCCACAACGGGCACCAGAGCUGAGAAUAGAAACCUGUCAAGUGCCCUGUAACGCACCAUACUUGCUUGGCCAAGAGAAACCCCACUGGGUACCAUUCCUGGUCUUUACCACCUACCAUCCCCAACAAAAAGCCAUUGCUCGCCUUCGCUGCCCGACGUCUUCCAUCUACAGCCCUGUUUACUGGCAGGUAGGUCUCACAACGCUGACACGUCUUCAACUUCUCCAGAAGAACAGUUCCCAGAGCCUGGACAAAGCCACCGGUGGUGGGAUCCUACGCCUCUCCUUCCAGAAUGACUCACACAGCACUUUUUACCAGUGUUUCGUGAAUGGCCACUUAGUGGGCAAGUUUUUGGUUGCCUCUCCUGGUGCGAUGAGCCCACCAAGAGAGCUGGCUCACACUUACUCCAUCAUUGAGGCAUUGGUGGUGGGCCUCUCCAUAUUCCUUGUGUUCCUGAUGUUUCUCAGCAUAAUCCAGUCCUGCAGGAGGAAACCAGGAACUACCAUGGUCUAG